AUGGGAUCCCGACUACACUACGCGGAAUCUCUCGACGCACAAGAUCCUCUCCGUCAUUUCCGAGACGAAUUCAUCAUUCCAUCGAAGAAUGACCUGGAGCGGAAGACUCUGAAUGUCAACGAAAAUAUUGAGGACUCCUCCGACCCCAGAAGUAUUUAUCUCUGCGGAAAUUCCCUAGGUCUUCAGCCUCGGAACACCCGGAAAUACCUCGAGCACUAUUUACGGACCUGGGCCAUUAAAGGCGUUACUGGCCACUUUACACCGCAUGAUGACCAGCUGCUUCCCCCGUUCGUCGAUGUCGAUGAAGCCGGAGCAAAGCUCAUGGCCCCCAUUGUGGGAGCGCUCGAAAGUGAGGUGGCGGUAAUGGGCACGCUAACUGCGAACUUGCAUUUUCUGAUGGCGAGCUUCUACCAACCAACUAAAGAGAAGUAUAAAAUCAUUAUCGAGGGCAAAGCAUUUCCAAGUGACCACUAUGCUGUGGAAUCUCAGAUUCAGCACCAUAAUCUCGACCCGAAGGACGCUAUGAUCCUUAUCGAACCGGAAAACCUCGAUCGUCCAAUCCUAGACACCGAGAAAAUCCUGCAGGUGAUCGAUGAACAUGCCUCGAGUACAGCCCUUAUACUUCUCUCCGGUAUACAAUUCUAUACUGGACAGUAUUUCGAUAUCGAGAAGAUCACGGCCCAUGCCCAUUCCAAGGGUAUCAUAAUCGGUUGGGACUGUGCCCAUGCUGCAGGCAACGUCGAUUUGAAAUUACACGACUGGAACGUGGACUUCGCGGCCUGGUGCAACUACAAGUAUCUCAACAGUGGACCGGGCGGAAUGGCUGGACUGUUCGUCCAUGAGAACCAUGGACGAGUAGACAUGACCAAGGUUGGUUCCAAGGAUGAGCCUUUUCGUCCGCGCUUGUCUGGCUGGUGGGGUGACAACAAGAAAACACGGUUCCGAAUGGAAAAUAGGUUCGUGCCUCAACCAGGCGCAGCUGGGUUCCAAUUAUCGAACCCAUCUGUCUUGGAUAUGAACGCAGUGGUGGCGUCCCUCGAGAUAUUCAAUCGCACGUCAAUGGCUGAGAUCCGUCAAAAGUCUUUGGACCUCACGGGUUACUUAGAACAUCUCCUUUUGAAAUAUCCUCUCGAUGCUGCCCCCGAGGACAAACCAUUCUCUAUCAUUACACCCUCAAACCCGGCCGAGCGAGGUGCACAGCUAAGUCUGCGCUUAGGCCCAGGCCUUCUAGACAGCGUCGUAGAGGCCCUGAAGGAGAAUGGAGUAGUGAUCGAUGAGAGAAAGCCGGAUGUCAUUCGGGUUGCGCCUGCGCCUCUAUAUAACACCUAUGCGGAUGUGUGGCAGUUCUGCCAGAUCUUCUUCGAUGCUUGCCAAAAGGCAGUAAGAGCUCGAAGGUAA